GCGCAUGCGCACUGCGCGCCCCGGCUCGGCCUUGGCGGGGGAUUCGGAAUCUGCGGCUCACGGGGAAGGAAGAAAGAAACAAAACAUCAAAACUACAGCGGUGGAGAGAGCAUGGCACUCGGCGCCCUCCUCAACGCCUUCCAGGCGCUGAAGGUGGAGAGCGUCAGCAGCGAAUGGGCAGACGAAGUAUGGGAGCAAGACUUCACGGAUACAGUGCCACUGGAGGGCUGGCUGGAAGAGGAGGUUUUGGCCAGGGGUGUUGAUGCAUUUGACCAGUUGCAUCUGCGCUUGGAGAAUGUGGCACAUGCACAGGAGGGUGCUGAGAGUAUUUGGAGCUUCCUUUAUGAGAAGCGUAUUUCUCAUCAAAACCUGAUCGCCAUACUUCAUCACUUUGUAAACAGUGGCCAGAAGCAGACCUCUUCGUUCCAGCAGCGCAUACUCGCUAUGAAGGCUGCAUGUCUUUACUUUCUCCUGCUGGAGAUCCCUGGCAGCAUAGCACACAAGGUCUUUCAUCCGGUGCUUUUUGACAAAUGUGUGGCUGUGGCUCAAAAAGUCCUCCCACAGACAUCACAUGGUAAACGGAAACUAAAAAGUGCACCACUCAAGGGCAGUCAAGCAGCCACAGGGAGAGGGCGCAAGGCCAAGCUGCCACGCUUGGAGGAGGAGGUGCACGAUGCGUUGGAGAAUGAGGACGAUGAUGAGGAGGCCGAGGAAGUGGCACUCACAGGACAGAAUGUUGAGCGGCUGCAUGAUGUGGCGUGCUUGCUGCUGAAAACCCUGCAUUGCCUGCUCUCCGUGUUCUCGCUUAAAGAGAACCCGCAGUGCAUCAGACAUUGCAUCCAGGUCCUUGUGGAGCUAACCAAACAAAACAGCCACUCUCAGAAAAUGGACUUCCCACUAAAUGUAAGCACAAGCCAGGCCCACUCACUUGCAGAGCUCGCGUAUUGCAACCUGAAAGUACUCUGCACUACCUCCCAUGGCUCCAAAGAUGAGGUUCUACGAAAUGUUUUUCAUCGGCUGUUAAACCACAUCCUCAUGGUGGGCGGAGAAGCACGUGCAAAUCUGGUGCUGGCUUUUAUUCCACAGUAUGCAGUCAACUUGAGAAACCAAACACUAAAGUUUGUGUGUCAUUUGGUCAAAGAAGAUGGUGAAAAGUGUAUUCCACUCCUCCGGAUCCUUCUACAGCACAUUUGUGUUAAGGUCCCAGACAAAGCAGAUUACCGGGGUCAUGCAGCACAAGCGGUGUGCAAGCUAUUGGACUGCAUGAGCAACUCAGCUUAUGCGGAAUUCAUUGAGUGGCUCUACAAAUACUCGCAGAAUGCCAAGGUGGGCUACCGCGUGUUUGCACUGGAUGUCAUUUUGGAGCUUCUGGAUUACCCAGAGCGAGAGGCGGACAGUACCGUGUCUACUGGGCGCCUCAGGUUUUUUUCACACAAGUUCCUGGUGCAUAGUACUGUGGUGUGUCGCUGCUGCGACCGCAUGUCCACUGUGCGUGCCAAGGCCCUGUCUGCCCUAGCCAAGAGCCUGAAUCAGCAUGGCAGCGCCGCUAUGGAGUGUGUGCACGAGAUCGUGCAGGGAGGACCCCAUCGACUGACCUUACACACAACUACGUGUGCUGCGGGCAUCAACGAAACCAACAACUCUCUUGGCACCGCAAGUUUGACUAACCCAUCUAUAUGUGUUGAGCAAAGGAACAGCAAGACACGUACAAUGGGAGCUUUAAAAACGAUUGAAAUCACAGACCUGGGCAAUGAGACACUUCCAUAUGGUCAAGAAGUUUUGUCCAUGCUGAAGGAACGAACAGGAGAUGAAAAACCCGGUGUCAGGAAAUCAGCAUUACAGGUGCUGGAGGGGAUGUUGCAACACGGCAUCUUGCCGUUGACGGAUGUGGACCUGGCCUGCCUGGUGGAGCGAUGUCAUGAUCCUGCACUCUCUGUCAGAAAGCAAUCACUGCUUUCACUAACUAAUCUCCUGAAGAGCCACCCAGAGAAUGGAACGCUACUUCGCGCCUGGCUCAAGGGUCUACUGCCAGCUGUCAUAGACCGGGAGACGUCUGUUCAGGAGAAAGUGCUGGAGUAUGUCGAUGAGGUUAUUCUUAAGAACGUGAAAGAGAAGCAGACGGGCACUGGAGGCUCGAGCAACCACGACCCCUCCCACAAACGCGCGUGGGACAUUCUUGACAUGUUAGUCAUUCCAGAGCAUCAGGAAUUGUGCUCGUACCUCGGGAAAGCUUGCCAUAUGCUGGCUGCCAAGAAUCCCUUCAGUGCAUCAUUAAUUAAUGCACUACUCUCCCAUGUGCAGUCAGAGCAUGCCCCUGCUGCCUGGCUACUCUUGUCAAAGGUAGCCGGUCACUGCCCCAAGAUUAACUGCACUAAAAUAUUAGCAUGCUGGGACCAAGUACACAGGAAUUCUAAUAUAAUGCCCAGUACCAUGUGUCACAUUCUGGCAGUGAUUGGUACCAUGGCGAAGAAUAUUUCUAAUGACGGGUGCCAUCAGCUCAUAGAAAACCUCCUGGAAAGGUUACGAUCAUUUGAUUGCCCACUAGAGGUGAUCACUGCCUCUGUCUCCACCUUGGACCACCUUUGUAGAGCUCAACAGGAAUCUCCGGAGAGCGCUAUGAAACAGGUCAGCAAGUGGUGCAAGCAGCUCAUCGAAGCCUGUGAUGCUUACAUUUCCAGAGUAGUGCUCACUGAGACCGGGAGGGUUGGCAUGCACGAAGACAAGCUGGUCCGCUAUGUGUUCACACUCGGUGAAGUGGCCCAACUGUCCCCAAGCAACAUCAACAAGCGCAUCUUCCUCCUUGUGCAGUCUCUCCUGGCCUCCCCGAACCUUGAACAAGGAGAGACGCCAGGGGAGUCCGAGGAAACGGCCGUCCCAAGCAGCCAGCCAAUUCUGUUAUCUCAGCCACUAGCACACUUCCAUGGCUCCAGCAUGCCUACCAUUAUACGAGCGCAUGCCUUCAUCACUCUGGGGAAAUUGUGUUUGCAGAAUGAAGACUUGGCCAAAAAGUGUAUCCCAGCCCUGGCCCGAGAGCUGGAGAUAUCAUCAGAGAUAUCCAUCCGUAACAACGUAAUCAUCAUCAUGUGCGACCUGUGCAUCCGCUACACCACGCUGGUAGACCGCUACAUCUCCAAGAUCUCGGCGUGUUUACGGGACAAGGAGCCUUUCAUCCGCCGACAAACGCUCAUCCUUUUAACCAACCUGUUGCAGGAGGAUUACGUGAAGUGGAGAGGGUUUCUUUUCCACCGGUUUGCCAGCGUGCUCGUGGAUAGUGAUCCUGGAAUCCGGAGCUUUGCAGAGUUUUGUCUGAUCAAUUUGCUGCUGAAGAAACAUCCUGGAAUAAUUUUCCAACAUUUUAUCGAGUGCAUCUUCCACUUCAACUGCUAUGAGAAGCACGAGAAAUACCAAUUCAGCCAGACAGAACGGGAGAAGCACCUGUUCUCACUGAAAGGCUCGCACAACAAGAGCAAGAGGAUGACCAUCUAUCGCCUAUUGCUGGAGCACUUGACGGACGAGCAGCGCUUCAAUCUGAGCACCAAGCUCGCUCAGAACAUUCUCGGGAGCUUUGUGGAUGGCAUGCUGGCGCUGGAUAUGGAGGCAGCCGACCUCCUAUCGGACAUUUUUUCCGUGCUCUGCUGCAAGGAGAUUAAACUGGUGGUGUCUCGCGCACGGCCAGCGGACGAAGAGCUGCCCGAAGACGGAGAGAUGGCAAUGGCCAAUGCCGUCAUGCAGGUUGCCCAGAAGAAGCUCAUCUCGCAGGUGCAAAAGAAAAACUUCGUCGAGAACAUCAUUCCAAUCGUGAUCAUGCUGAAGAAGCAGAUGGAGACGAAGAGAUUGCCAGUGCUCAAGGACCUCAUGCAGUAUCUCCGGGAGGUGAUGAAGGAUUACCGUGAUGAGGUGAAGGAUGUCCUGGCAGCUGACAAGCGGCUGGCGGCUGAAGUGGAGUACGAUCUCAAAAAGUAUGAGGAGGAGGAAGAGGAGAGGGGAAGGGAGAGACUGAGUGGGGAUCUUCCGUUGCCUCCCAAUGGCCCUGCUGGCCCUGCCAGCCCUGCCAGCCCCAGGGUCCACUCUCCCACUGCUGCCCCUGCUCCACGAGACUGUCAUUCACUGCACGUAAGCAAAGAUGGUGCUGCCAAUACGUCAAAUCCAAGCCCGUUAGGAGGUGAAUCAAGCAAGCCGCAUGAGCCCAACGGUAUCAACUACACACCUCUUGCCAACAAACCCAGCAGGCAUCAGUCGUUGAGCACCGUCGCCAUCGUGAACUCGGCCAGGAAACUGGUGGCGGCGCAAAGAAAAACCCACAACCAGAGUAUUAACGUCACUCCGCCCCCGUCGAACUCCAAACCUGGAUUGGAGCUAAACCACAAUACACAGCAGAAAGCUUCCGAGCCUCGAGUGACCCAAGGAGCGAGUUGGAGAGCCUUCAGUACCCCAGAUCACACGAUGGGUGACAUGACAUUUGCCAAUGCGGAUGUUGAUCUGAGCGUCAUCACAUCUCCUCCCGCUGUGCCCAAUGCAAGUGGAAGUCAAGAGGCAACCGCGUGUCCUCCGAAAGAUAUUCUUUGCCUCUUGUCUCCAGACAAGCCAGCACCAUCGAUCAGGCCAUGGAACCUGAGCUCUCCCACUGGGAAAAACAAGAAACCUUUUCAACCACGGAGAAACAGCGCUGCUCAGAAGUUUCCCCUCUCCCCAUGUAAUUCACUCAAAUGAGACCCGCACAUGCGAAGCACUUGGUCAAAGUGUUUACGAACUAGUAUUUUUAUUUUCAGUAUUGAGCUGGCCUUGGUGCACAUUACGUUUGCUUAUGAGAGAAACAACAUGUAUGACACAUUAUUUUGAAGAUUAUUAUUGCCAGCUAAUGUUAAAUGUAGUUUUACCAUGUACAGAAGAUAUAUAUGCAUAGGGUUUUAUACUUGUAAAUCCAUGUUUUAUUUUACCUAGUUAUACAAUGCACUUACGUUUUUUUGUUAAGUUUUCAAUUUGUCCUUUUUUUGUCCUUUCAGAGAUGUGGGGGUUUUUUUUAUUGGGGAGAAAUUGGAGUCGUGUUUGUGAGUACUGUAAUGUUCAUGCACCCGCAGCCGAUCAGAGAUGGGGGUUUAAGACCUUUAUACGGCGGAUAAACAUUUUUUUCUUUUUAAAUAAAUCUGAUGAGGAACAAAUAAAGUCUAUGCAUCUGUGCACAGUU